UACUCAGUAAAAAAAUGAUGUUAGAGCCUAAUUCAGUAGAGUACUAAAGGACAGAAUAAAGUCAUGUUGGUGAUUUUGUUCUUUUCUUCACUUCUAUCAGUGUGCUCGCCACGUGUUAAACGCGCAAUCCCGGGGAAUGUUCCGAGCUUUGAAUCCCGGAGCCGAACCUUCAGUAUCGUGAAGGGAGGAAAUGCUGUACUAGACUGCAGGAUAAAAAACCUUCAAGACUUUGUAGUAGUCUGGAGCAGGGGGGAGAGAAUUAUAUCAGCUAACCGUAUGCUGGUGAGAAAGGAUGGACAAGUGAGACUAACUGCAGAUUAUGGUCUUGAAGUUUUAGAGGUUGACCCCAAAGACAGCGGCGAAUAUGUCUGUCAGAUUGAUGUUUACGGAGAUCCUAUAUCUAUCAAGCAUACACUAAAUGUUAUCGUUCCUCCUGAGAUCACGAGCUGGAACAACUCCAUCAAGGGGAACUCAGGGGACAUGUUGACCCUCAGCUGUUCAGCUGAAGGAGAUCCACCUCCAUCCAUAUCAUGGACACAACACUCAACAUCAAGGAUAAUACCCAGUGCCCCUAAUGGUUAUGGUAAGGGGCUGCUAGGUCCCUUGACGCGGCACGAUGCUGGAAUUUAUAUCUGUACUGCACAAAACCAGUUUGGGCAGAAAACAGAACAAAUGACCAGAGUGGAAGUUCUAUAUCCUCCCGAAGUAAGCAUAGAAGAAAACUGGAUACUAAGAGAACAAGGAGUUUGGGAGGUGGAGCUGGUCUGCUCUGUACUAGCUCAUCCACCCGCCCAGAUUGCAUGGUAUCAGGCCCCUAAACGUCGGUUAUCAACAGAUGAUCAGAUGUUACUGGAACGUAAAGGAGAUAGACUGAUAUUAAAUAUUGAACGCCUGGAGAAGAAGUUCUUUACAAACUUCAGCUGUGAGGCAGACAACCCUCUUGGCAAAUCCAGUGCAGCGAUUGCAUUAACAGGAGCCCCUCGAACUCCGAAGUUCACGAUGACCCAGCCCAACAUCCUGCCAAGGACUAGAGAGUUCAACGUCAGCUGGACAACGGAUAGUUUUGCGCCGGUCACGGACUAUUUCCUGUACUACAGGAAAAAUAAGGCUGGUACAGCUAAAGGAGAUCGGGGCUGGAACGAGGUUGCUAUUCCGGUAACAACUCUUGGAGCAGGGAUGAACUACAAGGGUUACUAUGUGAUUAAGAACCUGGAGAAUCGUGUUGUUUAUGAUGUAAUAGUUCGAGCACAGAACAUGUUUGGAAUCUCCUCAAAAUCUGAUCUCUUCAAUUUCUAUGUUAAAGGUGUUGAUGAAUCCCCACAGCAGUUAACAGUGGUAAAAUCUGAAUCAGAGAUUGAGCCUGAAUUCCCUCUGCUGCAACCAGACACAGGUUCUGCUUCCAGAUCAUCUCUUCUCUCCAACCCGUCGCACCUACUCAUCUUGAUACCAAUAUUUAGUAUGAAUACAAUGAGAUACUUAUAAAACCGUGCUCUAUGUUGUACAAAUUUUGUAUAUUCUAUAAAUUAUGAAUAUUAUUAUUAGCGCUUAAACAGUAACUGUUAUCCCAACUACAACGUUAAAAGCAUGUUUAAAUGCUUGGGAAAAAAACUAGUAAAGAUUUAAUCUUGACAAUAAGACCAAUAAAACCAAUUUUUGCUAAAGUAAAUAAAAAAAAAAUGUCAA